AAAGGAAAAAUGCCUUUCACUACAAAAGCUAUCUUUUAUACCUAUCUUGUUUCACUAAUUAAAUUUUGCCUUGAGUUUUUAUGACAAUAUUGGUUACAGACAGUAAUAACUAAUACUACUUAGACAUAAUUUAAACGUUUUGCGGUAAUUAAAUUAUUUUAAUACUUUUGUCACACACGAUUUGUUCAUUUGAAGUUUAGUAUUACUUUUGUAUAAUUUGAAAAUAGAAUGCCAUGUUCAACAAAGAUUUUUAUAUUAACGCUGUUCAUUUAUUUGCAGUAGCCGUACUAAUAUGUUUUUGUGUGUUUGUGUGCGAUGUAUACCUCGAUACCCUCGUGAUCACCAAACAAGGUUGGAUACGUGGUUUCAGAGCUAGUGAUGGAAAUUAUGUCAAGUAUAUGGGUAUACCAUACGCAACGGUUAGCAAAGAGAAUCCUUUUGGUGUAUCCAAACCGUUUCCGAAAUUAAAGGGAGUUUUCCAAGCAAAUAAUAACAGGAUAAUGUGCCCACAAGUAGAUAUGUUAUCACUGCAAUAUGUAGGAACGCUAAACUGCCUUCGUUUAAACGUAUUUGUUCCAUACACUAAAGUAUCGAAACCUGUGAUGGUUUUUAUUCAUGGCGGAAGAUUUACCCUAGGAUUUACUGGAACAUUUCAAGGCACACACUUCCAUGGACCAAGGUAUUUCAUGAAACACGAUGUCAUCUUAGUAACUAUAAGCUAUCGUCUUGGGCCAUACGGUUUCUUUUGUUUAGAUUCACCAGAAGUUCCAGGUAAUCAAGGAAUAAAUGAUGUUAUUAAAGCCUUAAUGUGGGUAAAGGAGAACAUACACGCAUUUGGUGGUGAUACUAAUAAAAUCACUGUGUUUGGCCAUAGUGCUGGAUCAAUGAUAACGGAUUUGUUACUGUACACCAAAGCCGAGAAAUAUAUAGAUCAAGCUAUUCUACAGAGUGGCACUGCUCACGCGGCUGAUGUUUUGUGGAACGUAAAUAAUAGUGUUCCACUGAUAAUUUCUAAACAUUUGGGCCUUGAAACAAAUGAUUUAAAAGAGGCCCUAAGUUUUUUGAAAAGUCGGUCAACACAAGACGUUGUUGUUGCUGCCAAAAAUCUGUCAAUAGAAUUCAGACCAUGCAUUGAAAAAAGAUUUGAAACCUAUGAUGGUUUAAUCAACAAAGAUCCUUUUAAUACUAAGCCAAGUGUAAAGAAUAAAAGAAUAAUUUUAGGACACACAACUGAGGAAUAUAAUAUGAAACUUCAGAAACCAAUACAAUAUUUUAAGGACAAUGAUGUUUUUGAUAAUAUGCUGGAAUACGAGUUUGAUUUCAAUAACGAGAAAGGAAAAGAGGCAGUCUCAUCAGUACGUCAUUUCUAUAUUGGUGAUAAUGAAGUUAACGAAGAUCUGAAAUGGAAAAUAGUUAACUUUACUUCGGACAUUACAUUCAAUUACCCUGCUUAUAGAGAUAUGGAUAAAUUUAUACAAAAUGGCGCUGAAAAGGUCUACUACUACAUAUUUGCGUACACGAGCUCGUCAAAUUUAUAUAAGAAACUAUUAAAUAUAUCUGUUGGAAGAUCUAUUCAUGGGGAUGAAUUGGCGUACCUUUUUGAAACCAACAAAAUACCACCUCUAUCUGCUCCAGAUAGAAUUAUAAUGGAAAGGAUGACGACUAUGUGGACGAAUUUUGCAAAAUACGGGAAUCCAACCCCUAACAAAACUGAAAUGUUACCAGUGCAAUGGCUUCCAAUAAGCAAAGAUAGUAGAAAUUACCUCCUCAUUGAUCUAGACGAAGAAAUGGGUGAAGAUCUGUACAAAGAUCGCAUCGAUUUCUGGGAUACAUUUUAUGAAACCUACAAACAGUAUAUGAGGCCGAAUAAGACCUUUGUUAAUUUAUUACUAUAAAAAAGCAAAUUCAGGUUCAUGAAAUAUUAAAGAAGACUUUUCUUGGACUACACGAUUAAUGUACAUUUCAAUAUCGCAUUAAAAUUCGUUACAAACGCGAAUUUAUUUAAAAAAAUUCACGAUUUAAGUGCUUUAUAUGUUGUGGUUAUCGAGAGAUUGUUGCAGAAAUUCGUCAAAUAACAGUUUGAUAUUUAUAUAUGAUAUAUGAUUAGAUUAUAGCUAAAAUAUGAUAAUGUAAUAAAUACGAGUUAUUUCCGAUAAUGUAUUCAGCACUAAGUCAAAGUUAAUUAAACUAAUAAAUUACAUGAA